AUGAUCCUGAAUGAGUCGCCGUCGAUGCAGGCGGCGGCGCCGCCAGCGGCGGCCGGCGCGGGCGCGGGAUCCGCGGAUGCAGGAGCUGCGGGAAUGGGCGGAGCGGGAUCUGCGGCGGCGGCGACGAUCGGACGGUCGCAAACGAUUCCAGAAGGGGGGGAGUUGGCGCCGACGGCGGAAGCAAACCGGAGAGGCGAGGCGGGAGCUGCGGCGGGCGGAGCGGCGGCGGGCGGCGGCGAGAGAAGACGACUGCGGCGUUGCGAUGAAUCAGCUCUGCUCACCGUUCCAUUGUUUCCGCCAUCACCGCUGUCAACCCACGUCCGGCAUUACGUUAUCUCUCUGCCGCACGUCCGUCAUCCCUCCUCCACCUCCCUCUUCUCCGCCCUGUUUCCCCCUGCCACCCCGCCCCCCGCCUCUCCCAUCCAUCACUGUGCCCCUUCCCCCUUCCCCCCAUUCCUCUUCCCCUCUUUCCUUCCCGCCUCCAAUUCACCUUCCCUACCCUCUCCACCCGCCAUUUUUGUGGGGCGCGGACUGGAGGAGGCGGCAGCUAGGGCGCAGGGGGAAGGGGCGCGCGCUGGUGCUCUGGCGGAAGAGGCGGAGGAUGCUGUUGCUCCGCUUCCACAGACGAAAAUAGCCUUGGGAAUGGACGUCCGGAACCUGUUCACCCCAGAAAGCGUGGAGGCCCUUGAAAAAGCAGUGGCAGCAGACGACAUCGCGUCCAUGAACCCUGUGCUGCUGCAGUGCCGCCACUCCAACCGCCCCUUCUACGCUGUUCUCCACCGCACCUCCGCUGCUGCUGACGAUUCUGACACCGCCAACUCCAGCACCAGUGCGCCGCUCACCCACCGGCUGGCCCUCUCGGCAGUGAAGCGGCUGCAGAAGGUGGCGCCAGGGAAUAUCAGCGCGCUGUGCCAGGUGGUGGUGGAGGAGGUGAGAGAGUUGACUGGGUAUGACCGCGUUGUGGCUUAUAAGUUCCAUGAGGACGGCCAUGGGGAGGUUGCCACGCGUCUGCUCUUCUUCCAGACGCGUUCGCGCAUGGUUGCCGACUGCCAGUCCCCCUCUAUACCCCUCCGCCAGCACCCCCUCUCCGCCCCGCACCCGCUCAAGCUCGGGGGGUCGACUCUGAGAGCGGUGGACCCGUGCCACGUGCAGUAUAUGUGCAAUAUGGGGAUCAGAGCAUCUUAUGUGCUUGCUAUUAUGGUGCCCACGCGCGGGGCGAACGCGCUGGGGCAGCCGGGGGGAGGAGGGGGCGGGGGCGGGCAUGGGGGGGGGGGCGGCUGGCGGGGCGCAGUUUGCAAGGAGAGCUUCAAUCGCCCCUCCCCAUCCAUUUCCCCCUCCCAAACCCUUCCCACCUCCCCUUUCCAGGCAUUCGGGCUCCAGCUGUCAGUGGAGCUCAAGAUAGCCGCCCAGCUGCACGAGAAGCAGAUCCUUCAAAUCCAGUUUCUCCUCUGUGAUACUCUCCUCACCGACAACCCUGCGUUCGGCCUGCAACUCUCAGGGGAGCUCGAGAUAGCCACCCAACUCCACGAGAAACGGAUUCUCCAGAUCCAGUCCCUCCUGUGCGACACGCUGCUCACGGACAACCCCAUCCGAGCGCUCGUGUCCUCCGCCCCCAACAUCAUGGACCUCCUCCCCUGCGACGGGCAGAGGGGGUAUGACUUCCAAGGCGCCUCAAAUGUUCCCCAUCAUCCCUACCUCCCCCUCUCUCAACUCUCUCCUAUUAAUUCCUCCCUCCUCUCCCCCUUUCCCCCAACAUUUGGCCUCCAGCUGUCAGUGGAGUUGGAGAUCGCUGCCCAGCUCCACGAGAAACAGAUUCUCCAAAUUCAAUCUUUAUUGUGCAACACCCUACUCACGGACAAUCCCGUCCGUGCGCUCAUGUCCUCCGCGCCCAACAUCAUGGAUCUCCUCCCCUGCGUUGCUGGAGGAGAUGCCUUCCAAGGCAAGGCGUUCGGCCUGCAGCUCUCAGUGGAGCUCGAGAUCGCUGCCCAGCUGCACGAGAAGCAGAUUCUCCAAAUCCAAUCUUUAUUGUGCGACACGCUGCUCACGGACAACCCCAUCCGAGCGCUCGUGUCCUCCGCGCCCAACAUCAUGGACCUCCUCCCCUGCGACGGCGCCGCCGUGCUCUUCCGCGGGGAGCUCUCCCGCCUCGGCGUCUGCCCUUCAGAAGACAUGAUCGGGGAGCUUGUGCGGUGGCUGCAGAGGGAACACUGCGGGUCCAGUGGGCUGAGCACGGAUAGCCUCAAGGGUGCUGGAUUCCCGUACGCGGAUACGCUUGGAGUGGACGUGUGUGGGAUGGUUGUCGUGUGCUUCUCUCCUGCCGACGAGCAGCAGCAGCAGCAGCAGCAGGAGCGGCAGCAGCAGCAGGGGAGGGAGGCUGCGUUGCCUGUCCCGCCUUCACCAUCCGGCAGCAGCACCAGCGGCGCUGGCGGCGGGAGCAGCUUCAGCGGCUUGAGCGGCGGCGGCGGUGGUGUGAGCAGUGUGAGCGGCAUCACGGGGGAUUACCUGUUCUGGUUCCGGUCGCACGUGGAGAAGUCGAUCAAGUGGAGCGGCGCGCGGCACAACCCCCUGGAUGUGGACGAUGCAAAGAAGCGCCACCCCCGCGCGUCCUUCAAGGCGUUCCUGGAGGUGGUGAAGCACCGCGCGCUGCCGUGGGCCGAUGUGGAGGUGGAUGCUGUUCACAGCCUGCAGGACCUGCUGUGCAAGUCGGUGCGGCGCAAGGAGAGCAUGGGGCGACUCAUCUCCAUGGGCAAACAGAACAACAGCGAGCUGGCAGUGGCAGCGGACGAGCUGGUCCGUCUGAUCGAGACGGCGUCUGCGCCGAUCCUGGCCGUUGAUCUGGAGGGCAACAUCACGGGGUGGAACGGCAAGGUGGCGGCCAUCACAGGGCUCUCCUUCUCCGACGCCAUCGGCCAAUCGCUGCUCGACACCUGUCUCGACCCGUCCUGUGUGGACAAGACGAGGACCGCGUUUGAACUCGCUCUGGCAGGCGAGGAGCAGCAGCAGCUGGAGCUGAAGCUCAAGCGGUGGGGGUCAGUUCCCCAGGGCAAGGGGCCUCCCACGCCCUACGCCAUCCUGCACGUGAACACGUUUGUGAGCCGCGACUCGGAGAAGAGCAUCGUGGGGGUGUGCUUCGUGGGGCAGGACGUGACGGAGGAGACAGCUGCCAGGACGCGAUUCGUGCGCAUACAGGGCGACUUCACCACCAUCAUCAACACACACAACUCCCUCAUGCCGCCCAUCUUUGCCACCAACGCAUCUGGCUUCUGCACCGAGUGGAACCCAGCCAUGGAGAGCAUCACGGGCCUCAAGCGCUCCCAGGUGCUGGGCUGCAUGCUCCCAGGAAUCAUCUUUGGCCGCAUGUGCCAGCUGGCGAACGAUGAUUCGCUCACGCGGCUGCUCAUCAUGCUGUCGCGGGCCAUGGCAGGGCAGGACGCUGGUGGCGAGGAGAAGACGCACUUUGCCUUCCACAAUGCCAAGGGUCGUAUGGUGGAGGUGCUGCUGACGGUGCAGCAGCGGCUGGGCGGCGAUGGGAGGGCAGCAGGGGCGUUUGGAUUCCUCCACGUGGCAAGCCCUGAGCUCAUGCAGGCGCUGGCCGUGCAGCAGAAGGCAGAGGGGUUAAUCGAGCGGCAUUCCAAGCAACUCGCCUACGUGAGGCAGGCCAUGGCAGGGGCAGUGCACGGCAUGGUGCAUGCACGCUCCCUGCUGCACCGCUCCCUCCUCGACGCCUCCCCGCUCUCGCCCUCCGCUCACGCCGCCCCGUCUGCCGCCGCCCCGGGCGGCAAGGUUUGGCAGUUUAUGGAGGCGAUGGCGAGGUGCGACGCGCAGCUGAUGCGCCUGCUGCACACUCAGAUGGAUCCGCUGGGCGGCGGAGAGGGCGGCGGUGGUGGGGCUGAUGCUGCUGUGUUCUCGCACCCCAGCAUGCUGCCAUUCACGCCCUCAGCGCCUUUCACAAUGGCAUCACUCAUCAACACAGCCGUCUGCCAAGCCAUGCAGCACGCCAUUCGCCGCUCCAUCGACCUGACCUAUGACGCGCUGCCAGAUGUCGCCUCCACGCGCCUCGUGGGCAACCAGCUGCUGCUGCAGCAGGUGCUGGGCGGCAUCACUGUAGCGGCCGUCAAGUCCACCCCGUCGGGCGGCACCGUUCGUUUGCAGCUGGCGCCCAGCCCCAGCCGCAUGCUGGCAGUGGAGAUAGAGCUGCGGAUUAUCCAAUCAGGGCCGGGGAUUGAGGACGCCAUAAUCCAGCACAUGUUUGGCCUUGCCUCGUGCCCUGAGGAUUCACCUGAGGCGUCGUACCAGGCGCAUGCGCUCGUCUCGUACCGCUCGCUGCUGCGCCAGAUGCACGGCGAUGUGCACUACCUGCGGCAGCCCAACAAGUGCUACUUCCAGAUGCACGGCGAUGUGCACUACCUGCAGCAGCCCAAUAAGUGCUACUUCCAGGUGUCACUAGAGCUGCCCUGUGCUCCACGUGCGUGGGAUGAGAUGAUGAAGCAAGGCCAUCUGCUGCACACAGUAGCGGGCAGCGCGUUCUACAUGGCGCCAGAGGUCAUCCGAGGCAGCUACGGCCCGGAGGCCGACCUGUGGAGCGUGGGGGUCGUUCUCUACAUCCUGCUCUCGGGAUCUCCGCCCUUCUGGGCAGAGACAAACGAAGGGAUAUUUGAGGAGAUUCUGUGGGGCCACGUGGACCAAUCAGAGGAGCCAUGGCCGCAGGUUUCAACAGAGGCGAAGCAGCUGGUGCUGAGUCUGCUGCAGCAGCAACCAGAGAGACGACCGACAGCAGCACAGCUCAUGGAGCAUCCGUGGGUGAGGGAGGGAGGCAUAGCGGCCGACACACCGCUAGCGCCGGCAGUCAUCACUCGGCUGAAGCGCUUUGCAGCCAUGAACCGACUCAAGCGCCUCACUCUUAAACUCAUCGCCUCGCACGUGUCUGACGCUGAGGCCAUGGGGUUGAGAGAGAUGUUUAAAGCCCUGGAUGGGGAUGGCAGUGGGACGAUUUCGUUGGCUGAGCUUCGGAAUGGGGUUGAGAGGCUCGGUGAUACCGUGCCUAAGGAGCAACUUCGGCAAAUGAUGGCAGCGGCUGACGUGGACAGCAGUGGCAGCAUUGACUAUAACGAGUUUGUGGCAGCUACCAUGCGAGUCAGCAGGGAGACCAGAGAGGCUCACCUGCAGCAGGCGUUUGCCCACUUUGACACCGAUGGCAAUGGAUUCAUCACAGGGGAUGAGUUGCGCGGUGCACUGGAGAAGGAAGCCGGGAGUGCUGGGGUUGGCGAGGCGGAGAUAAAGAGAAUAUUUGCUGACGUGGACGCUGAUCAGAACGGCAAGAUUGAUUACUCUGAGUUCUGUGCCAUGAUGGAAGAAACAACAACCAAGAUGGAGGAGACCACGAGAUUCAACAAGGGGGCUUCAACCACGAACACCUCUGGGCGGCAACCGCAAGAUUUUGGGCGGCAAUUUGAAGAGUCCGGUCAGCAAUCCCCAGAUGCUGGUCGGCCAACCCAAAACUCUGGUCGUCGGUCGGCAAAGAGCCAGAGGAAGCGAGCUCGUGGCAGCAAGUCCUGA